AUGGCUUGUGUGCUUCAGAUCGUUGUCCUGUUGCCACCACCACUGAGUACCAAGUAUCCUCUUUACCUCAGAUAUAUGCUUAUGAAGAAUGUCGACAUAAAGCUUAGUAUUCAUUGUCUCUUUGAAACAGUGCAA